AUGAAGAGCACUCUCCUCACCGCGGCCGUGCUGUUGGGCGCGGCCCAGGCCGAAGUCCACAAGCUGAAGCUGAAGAAGGUCCCCAUCGAGGAGCAGCUUAACUCUGUUCCCAUCGAGCACCAAGUCAGACAGCUCGGCCAGAAGUACAUGGGCGCCCGCCCUGACAGCCAUGCCGAUGCCAUGUUCAACCAGAAGCCCUUCACAAGCACUGGCGAGCACCCCGUGCCUGUGAGCAACUUCAUGAACGCUCAGUACUUCUCCGAGAUCGAGAUCGGUACUCCUCCCCAGACCUUCAAGGUUGUUCUGGACACUGGUAGCUCCAACCUGUGGGUUCCUUCCCAGCAGUGCGGCAGCAUUGCAUGCUACCUGCACUCCAAGUAUGACUCUUCGUCGUCGUCCACCUACAAGUCCAACGGCUCCGAGUUCGAGAUCCACUACGGCUCUGGCAGCUUGACUGGUUUCGUCUCCCAGGAUGACGUCUCCAUUGGCGAUCUUAAGAUCAAGAAGCAGGACUUUGCCGAGGCCACCAGCGAGCCUGGCCUUGCCUUUGCCUUCGGCCGCUUCGACGGCAUCCUCGGUCUUGGCUACGACACCAUUUCCGUCAACAAGAUUGUUCCCCCCUUCUACAACCUUGUUAACCAGAAGGCUAUUGACGAGCCUGUCUUCGCCUUCUACCUCGGCGACACCAACGAGGAGGGUGAUGAGAGCGAGGCUACCUUUGGUGGCCUCGAUGACUCUCACUACGAGGGCAAGAUCACUUACAUCCCCCUCCGCCGCAAGGCUUACUGGGAGGUCGACCUCGAUGCCAUUACCCUUGGCGACGAGACCGCUGACCUUGAGGGACACGGUGCCAUCCUUGACACCGGUACUUCUCUUAACGUCCUUCCCUCUGCUCUUGCUGAGCUGCUCAACAAGGAGAUCGGUGCCAAGAAGGGCUACAACGGCCAGUACUCUGUUGAGUGCUCCAAGCGUGACGAGCUUCCCGACAUCACCUUCACUCUCUCUGGCUACAACUUCAGCAUUUCCGCUUACGACUAUGUCCUGGAGGUCUCUGGCAGCUGCAUCUCCACCUUCCAGGGCAUGGACUUCCCCGAGCCGGUCGGCCCCCUUGUCAUCUUGGGAGAUGCCUUCCUGCGCCGGUGGUACUCUGUUUACGACCUCGGCAAGAACGCCGUUGGUCUGGCCAAGGCUAAGAAAUAA